AUUUACAUACAUUUUGUUUUCUUCCUUAGUGACGUAAAAUAUUAUUGAAUAACAUAAAUAUAGUUUAGUUUAUUUUGGACGUGAAAUAUUAUAUAAUAUACUUAGAAGUAUCCUGCAAUAACGACAUGUCGGACGCAGACCUAGUAUCGAUAUACUCCAGUAGCUCGUACCCAGACGAUGUCCCAGCCAAUUUGAAUCUACACACAGACCCCAGGAUCCUAUGGCUCAAGAACAGGAUCCUCACAGCCAUCAACAUGGACGACGAUGAGCUAUUCUACAACAUGUUUGACAAAGAGAAGAAAGAGAAGUUGAUAACAUUUCUGACUAGUCCUCUCAAGCCCAAUGAACUAUCCUUGGAUAAAAGAACCUUUUAUGUUACUAAGAUCAUCGUGGAUAAACUUAUACAUGAAGAUAAGGAGUUCACUGAGUGGCGGCUCAUUCCACCACCGCCCCCGCCGCCGCCACCCGAACCAAAGAAAAAAAAGGGUAAGAAAGGCAAGGAGCCACCCGCUCCCCCACCCUCGGAACCGGAGACAGAGGAAAUAACAGCAAAGAGUAUGAAAAGCAUGAAGAGUGUCAAGAGCAUGAAAAGUGUUAAAAGUGUUAAAAGCGUGAAAAGCAAAGUUAGUACAGUAGAACCGGAACCAGAAGCAGAACCUGAGGAGGUACCAUCUAGUAUCGUCGAAGACGUCCAAGUGACUGAAGAAGAAAUGAGGUCUGAAGAGGAAGAACCGAUGGCAGAAGAAGAAGAAAGACCACACAUCCGCGAGGAAGAUAUUUACAGCUUCCCACCCCCGCCCGAAGAUGUGGACCCAGAUGUUGAUGGAACUCUUGAAUACUACACAGUCAUUAAAUCUAUUCCACGUAUAAUCCAGUACCCCAAGCUGAUCCCGGUGUUUGGCGCGUUCACUCCUCAAGUGACGCACCGCAACCGUCGGUACCUGUACUUCAUCAGACUGGCUCCGGAAGGCAUCCCUCUUAGCAAGAACGACGAGCUCACUAAACUUGAAAUGCCACAGUAUCUGCUGUUUGGUUCCACAACUGGCAGAGUUCUUAUGAGUCUUGGGUUGCAUUUGAAAGAGUCAUUCAUUCCACUGUUCGAGCGUCAGUUCCGCGAGAUCUCAGUGCUUCAGAACACUGAGACCGGAGCAAAUGCCAUGUCGCGACAGCACUCCUUCGCUGGCAAGCAUCACAAAAUGGAAGACAGCGCGUCACAGGUGAAUUAUCUUCGGCCAUCAGACUAUCGCCGAAUGUCCAAUAUAGCAAGAGGGGAAAAUGCUGAAACGAGGAUCAAAAAUAUGCGAGCAGUAUCCCAACAAAUUGUUGUGGCCCCAACGCUGAUGACACAUUCUGACGAAUCGGACUUAGAUUUGGAAAUUUGCGAAGAAAAUAAAACUACUGCACAAGAAGUCAUAGCUGAUAUUCAAGCAUUAGUAUCUAUUGUGGAUUGGACCAUCGAGCACAUCGAGGGUGAAAUCCAACUGCCCAUGCCUGUGAUCCCGAUGCUGACUGAUGAACACCACGGCGGGUUGAUGAUUAUGGAUCCGGAUCUGAUCAAGCAACUAGAAGAAGCCGUCAUGUUGUGGCAGUCCCAUAUUGAUACUACAAUCGCUGCUUGCUUAGCUAAGAGUCGCGAAGGUAAGGGUCCAGUGGCAGAAUACAAGUACUGGCGCGAGCGAGAUGCCGAGAUAUCCUUGAUCGUGGAGCAGUUGAAGCAGCCCAUGGUGGUGAAGAUACUGUCCUUGCUGCAGAAAUGCGGCUCCACGUAUUUAGAGGGAUUCCACAAUUACAAAGAGAGGCUACUCGAGCAGUUCAAUCUGGCUGGAGAUAAUUUAAAAUUUCUAUCAACUCUGAUGCGCUUUUUUACAGUGAUAGAAGACGAUUCUCCGCUCCAGCAAGUAGUGGACAUGUUGCCUGAGAUGAUGGAGAGCCUGUACAUGAUGUGGGUGCUGUCAAAAGGCUUCAGAACCGACGAGACCAUGGUGCCUCUCCUGCAAAGGUUGUCUUGGGCGCUCUGCAAUAAGCUGGAGAGGUUUCUUAAUGUGCACAAGUUGUUUGAGAAGAAGAACGAAACGAUCCUGAAUCUAGCGAGAACAGGGCAGAAGAUCAUGGAGAUGUGGCACUCGCUGUACAGGGAGACUCGUCACAACAUAGAGAUGAGCGGCAAAGGCGCUCGCUGGGAGUUCGACCAACCUCUGCUGUUCACUACCUCUGAUUACAUCGGAACUGUUGCUAGGGAUUUGGGUGAUGUUAUUCAGGUUCUGAUUGACUUCGAGCGUAUAUUCGGGUCUGAACUCAAAUCAAUCAUUAGUGACCCCACACAAAUUGAUGAUGUCCGCAAACGAGUCAAGAAUCUGGUUUAUCCUAUCCGGACCAUUGACUUUAGUAUAUUCGUCUUCGACAACAAGGAGAAUUGGGACGUCAUUAUGGGAGACUUUUGGAAUGAGGUGCGGUACUUGGAGGAGGAAGCCAAGAAUUAUAUUAAUUCAAGUUUUGGUAGUUUGAGGUCAUCAGAAGAAGCCCUUACGGUGUUAUUAAAAUUCCUGGAGUUCGAUCUAAGACAGUCCAUCAAGAAACAACUCGCCACUAAAUUUGAACUCGUCAUGCGCCAAUUUCUCAAGGAGAUUACUGCCAUCGAGGACAAAUUCACUCGAUUCCGCAAAAAUCCUCCACUACUGCGCAAUCAUCCCCCCGUGGCUGGGUGUAUAUACUGGGCUAGAGCCAUGUUCUACAAAAUGAAGCAGCCCAUUAUGAGAUUCCAGAAGGUUCCAGAGCUAAACGACUGUGAGCAGAAGCAAGAAGCAUUUGUACAAUACAAAGCAUUCUCGAGAAUGGUCAAAGAAUACGAAGACACGAAAUAUAACGAAUGGGUGCACAAUGCUUCUCGUUUCGUCGAUAAUAUCAUGAAGAGGAACAUACUGCGGGUUGUUUUCAAGAAAGAAGAAGAACAAGCAGCGUCAUCUGGUGGUCGCGGCGGCAUGCAGGUGACGGCCGCCGGCAAAGCAUUCUUGGCCAAGAAGAAGGGCUCAGUAAUGUCAUUAAGGCCCGCCGAUAUUGUGAAUAAGGAAAUCGCUGAUAAACGCAAAAGAGAUAAAGCAUUGAUGCUGAUGAGAAUACCUGGACAACACUAUGAAAACGUCAGAUCUCCAAGCUCAGUCUCACUGCUAGCUAAGGAGGGUUUGACUGACGUAACUUGGCGAGACCUGACAGUCCACAAGCUCAUGCAAGAAUAUAAUCUAGAAUUCACGCCUAACUUUGACAAAGAAAUAUUCCUAAUUAUCCAUGAAGCUGAGUUACUGGAACAACUAGGAUUUGAUCUUCCUUCAAAUAUUCGCGACGUGGCUAUGCAAAAACCGCGUCUAUACUACGAGCUAGAAGCAUUAGAGGACGUCAUUACCAAAUACAAUGCUGGUUGCUCCUCACUGUCACCCUCGGAGACUUUUCUGAUGAAGAAGCACCUCCUUGAUAUGGAGAGACAUAUAUUACCGGGGUUGACGCGUGUCACUUGGACUGCACUUGGAAUCAAUGACUACAUCCAGGAUAUCACUAAAGGCCAGAAUUCUCUUCAAGCUGUAUACAAGCAACUAAAGAUGGUGGAGAAAGAAAUACAGUUCCUAAUUGAUCAGCUGCAACUGUUUGACCUAUUCCCUGUGGUUCGCCCCAAGGAUUACGUUGAUCCUGAAACUGGACUGCCUGAUGACACUUGGCUUUACCCUUGCAAGACGUACUUCGUAGAAGUAGAAAACGAGCGUCUAGAACGAGUGGCGGUAGUAUCUCGUAUAUACGACCGCAUCGGCCCGAUUCUGAUGAAGCUGGAAUAUCUCAUAUUGGGCACCAGCACCGGGAAAUCCAAUGUCAUGCAUUCUUACUACGGCUAUUGGGAGAAGAGGAUCUUCAAGGCCAUUAUUACGUUUACAAUAGAGAAUUUGGAACAGUUCCAACGAAUGUUGAGCGAGAAGUCACCGAUGUUUCAAGUGGAUGCUGUACUGGUACCUCCCGACAUCACCAUGAGGCCCACGUCAGCCGAGUGCUGCAAUAUCGUCGGAUACAAUAUUAAACAUUUCUUGAACAGAUUAACGGCAUUCCCUCGUUGGAUGCUGAAGACAUGCCUGCCUUGUGCUCCGCAACGCAUCGCCGAAGCGACUGGCAACGAGUUUUAUGUAUUUUCGUAUUUCGAGGACGUACUCAGAGUGGUCACUGUCAAUGAUCUCACGCUGCUCAUACAAGAUACCAUAUACAGAUUAACCCAGGACAUCAAUACCUAUACUCAGAAGUGGCAAAAGUACCAGCACCUUUGGGCCUUCGACAAGCACCUCUCCUGCGAGAAGUACAUCCAAAAGCAUGAUCAAAUCCACAAAUACGACGAAAAGUUUUUCUUCUUCGAAGAUAUCAUAGCAGAGCUCGACGCUCAUGUUAAGUUUGUUGACAUCGGUGCUAUAAGAGUAAAUCUCAGACCUAUUAUAAAGCAAGUGCAGGAUCAUGCGCAGGAAUGGAAGACGACGUUGGGCCAAUCCAUAGCUACAAAGACUAGGAUGAACAUGUACGACUUGAAGAAUCAGAUUGAUUCGCUACGUGCAACAAUGAACAUGAACAUAAAAGGUCUAGAAGACUUCAAGCUGGUGAUGGCCACGAUCACGCUGGUGCAAGCGAUGACCAUCACGGCGGAAGUGAAGUACCGCGGCAUGCAGGAGAUAUUCAACAUGCUACGACAGCAUGGUAUCGAUGUUUCAGACGAAGAUUUGGAGUUUGCCAAAAAUCUCCAAACCUCCUGGGGCACGUUAUAUCAGACCUCUCUGUUUCGAGGCAAUACACUAGAGCAGACCACGGAAAAGUUCUCUAAACUCAACGUUAUCGAGAUAUCCAACUUCUUGAAAGAACUGGAUGAGUUUGUGGAGAAGUUCGAUUCAGAAGGACCGGGUAUUGUCGGUGAAGAUAUGGAUAGAGGGCUCAUUCUCAUGGAGGAAUACCAGAAAUACUUUGAUGAGCUAGAAUCCCGCAAGAAGAUGCUGCAAGCUGCGGAGCAACUAUUCGACAACCCUCUCGCGGAUUUCUCCAACUUCAACCGGGCGAAGACGGACUUCUUGGCGAUGGAGCAGAUCUACAAGAUAUACAAGGCCCAGAAGAAUGCCAGGGAACUGUGGGCCAAGACGCUGUGGAUCAAUCUCAAUCCACAAGCCUUAGUAGACGGAAUCGAGCAGUUCUUCAAGGAGUAUAGGAAACUGCCCAAAGUUGUCCGCCUGUCCCCCACUGGUUUAAUGUUGGAUAUCAAGAUGAAACAGUUCAAAGGAGUGGUUCCUCUCAUGGUGUCCCUCAAAAACGAGGCUAUGCGUGAGAGGCAUUGGAAAGAACUGAUGGCAAAGACGCAUCAGGAUUUCGACAUGUCUCCCGAUAGAUUUACUCUAGAAAACAUGUUUGCCAUGGAAUUACACAAGUAUCAAGAGAUUGCUGAAGAAAUCGUCAACCAUGCUAUAAAGGAAUUAGCAAUAGAACGCGGCGUGAAGGAAGUCCAAGAUACUUGGGCUAAUAUAGCGUUCACUUGCGCUCGUCACUUCAAUCGCGGUGAAGACCGUGGCUACACCCUCAACCCCUGUGACGAAAUCGUGGUGAAGGUUGAUGAGGAUGCUAUGAAUCUGCAAAGCAUGGCUGCCUCGCAGUUUAUCGGUCCAUUCCUGUCAGUGGUGCACACGUGGGAUCGUCGUUUGGCAUUGAUCUCAGAGGUGAUAGAAGAGUGGAUGGCGACGCAGAGAAAGUGGCUCUACCUCGAGGGCAUCUUCGUUGGUGGAGAUAUCCGAAUGCAGCUACCUGACGAGGCUAAGAAGUUCGAUGACAUUGAUAGAGCUUUUAGAAAGAUAAUGCUGGACACUGCAAAGCGAUUGAACGUAGUGGACUGCUGCUGUAUGCCCGGAAGACUGGAGGAGUUUGUAAAUUUGGGUCUGGGUCUACAAAAAUGUCAGAAGUCUCUAAAUGAUUAUUUGGACUCGAAACGGCGAAUCUUUCCGCGGUUCUUCUUCAUAUCAACUGACGAACUCUUGUCGAUUCUCGGUAGCAGCGAGUGUAGCUGUGUUCAGGAGCAUAUGAUCAAGAUGUUUGAUAACAUAAGAGCCUUAGAUCUGUACGUUGAUCACACCAACCGCCCUGUGGCAGCGAAGAUGAUAUCUGCAGAAGGGGAGAUAAUGGAUUUCCGCUACGUAGUGUAUACCGAAGGUCGCGUAGAAGACUGGAUGAACCUAGUACUGAAUGAGAUGAGAUCCACAAACAAGUUCAUUACCAAGAAGGCCAUAUUUUACUUCGGCAGAAAUUGGAGAGUGCCACGAACGGAUUGGAUCAUGGAGUACCAAGGCAUGGUGUGCCUGGCGGCUAACGGCGUGUGGUGGACCGCGGAGACUGAGGAGACCUUCUACCGGAUCAAGAAAGGGAACAAACGGGCCAUGAAGGAACAUUUGCAACAGCAGAACGAGCAGCUGGAUGGACUGGUCGUUAAAGUGCGACUAGAUCUAUCAUCCAAUGACCGUCUCAAGUUCCGCACGAUCACGACGAUCGAUGUCCACUCGAGGGACAUCAUCGAGGGUUUCGUGAGAGACAACGUGACAGAAGCGUCAGAGUUCGAGUGGGAGAGCCAGUUGCGGUUCUACUGGCUGAAGAAGGACGACAACUUGUGGCUCAGACAGUGCACUGGUGUGUUUGAAUACGGCUAUGAAUACAUGGGUCUAAAUGGUAGACUGGUGAUUACACCACUUACUGAUCGAAUAUAUCUUACCAUCACUCAAGCUUUAACAAUGCAACUAGGUGGAGCUCCUGCAGGUCCUGCCGGAACUGGCAAGACAGAAACAACAAAAGACCUGGCCAAAGCGUUAGGACUGUUAUGCGUAGUAACAAACUGCGGGGAAGGCAUGGAUUUCCGCGCCGUGGGGCAGAUCCUGGCAGGACUGUGCCAAUGCGGGGCUUGGGGCUGCUUCGAUGAGUUCAACAGAAUUGACAUCUCAGUGCUGUCGGUGAUAUCGACACAGCUGCAGUGCAUUAGGAGCGCCCUGUUGAUGAAGUUGAAACGAUUCACGUUCGAAGGUCAAGAGAUAGCGAUGGACAGCAAAGUGGGCAUCUUCAUCACUAUGAACCCGGGCUACGCAGGCCGUACUGAGCUGCCUGAAUCUGUGAAGGCGCUGUUCAGGCCCGUCGUCUGCAUCCUCCCGGACCUGGAGAUGAUCUGCCAGAUUUCGCUCUUCUCUGACGGGUUCCUCACUGCUAAGGUGCUAGCAAAGAAAAUGACGGUGCUGUACAAAGUAGCAAGGGAACAACUGUCGAAACAGUCUCACUACGAUUGGGGGCUUCGCGCUUUGACUGCCGUCUUGCGAAUGGCUGGAAAACUUCGAAGAGAUUCAGUCGGUCUGAGUGAGAUUAUGGUACUGAUGCGAGCUUUACGAGACAUGAACUACCCAAAGUUUGUGUUCGAAGAUGUACCGCUUUUCCUUGGCUUGAUCAAGGAUCUGUUUCCUGGUUUGGAAUGUCCUCGUGUCGGCUAUCCUGAUUUCAAUGCUGCUGUUAUAGAUGUGCUACAGAAAGACAGCUUUAUUGUGCUGGAUCAUCAGGUUGAUAAAGUAGUACAGCUUUAUGAGACCAUGAUGACUCGUCACUGUUCGAUGCUGGUGGGCCCGACGGGCGGGGGGAAGUCUGUCAUUCUGGCGACGCUGGUGAAGGCGCAGACUAACCUCGGUCUACCUACCAAACUGACUGUUGUCAAUCCGAAGGCUUGUUCCGUGAUAGAACUUUACGGUAUUUUGGAUCCAGUCACAAGAGAUUGGACUGACGGCCUGUACUCCAAGAUUUUUAGAGAGAUGAAUAGGCCUGCAGAAAAAGACGAGCGUCGCUAUUCUCUCUUCGAUGGAGACGUCGACGCCCUCUGGAUCGAGAACAUGAACUCUGUCAUGGACGACAACAAACUGCUUACCCUGGCCAACGGCGAGAGAAUCCGACUGGCGCCAUAUUGCUCUCUCCUGUUCGAAGUGGGAGAUCUGAAUUACGCUUCCCCUGCCACUGUGUCCAGAGCUGGAAUGGUGUUUGUGGAUCCCAAGAAUUUAGGCUACCAACCUUAUUGGGACAAGUGGCUUCGUAGUCGGAAUAACGAGGAGGAACGUGAGCAACUCAACUCUCUUUUCGAGCAUUACGUGCCUGGGGCUAUAAAUUACAUCGUUUUCGGCAUGUUCGGUCUACAGCAGCAAACGCCGCUGAAGACUAUCGUCCCGCAGACGCCGUUAAAUUUGGUGGUCCAAUUGGCUUAUAUGAUCAGUGGACUGAUGCCCAACAAAGAGGACAUAAAUGAGGAAGUCGACAAGACCGUUGUGGAGUGUGUCUUCAUGGUGUCGAUGUACAAUAGCCUUGGCGCGGCCAUAAUCGACGACGGACGUUUCGACUUCGACAACUACGUCAAGAAAGCUUGUCCCAUGAUGCUGGUGGAAGACUCGCCGGAGAAAAAAGCCACCACAAAACAUUUCCCAAUGGGCUUCCCAUCGCUGUACGACUAUUGCUUGGAGCUGUCCACCCGGACAUGGGAAGCGUGGGAAUGGCUGGUGCCCACCUACGAACACGAUAGAGAGAUGAAGUUCCCCGCUAUCCUGGUGCCCACAGUCGACACUCUCCGGAUGACGUGGCUCAUCAAGAUUAUGGAGAGCGUCGAACGUCCAGUGAUUCUGGUGGGAGAUACAGGGACAUCGAAAACCGCCAUUAUUACCAAUUAUUUGAGGGGGCUGCCACCAGAAAAAUAUAUAAUAACCCAACUAAACUUCUCAUCGCGAACGUCCUCGAUGGACGUGCAGAGAACCCUGGAGUCAGUGGUGGAGAAGCGCAGCAAGGACACCUUCGGGCCCCCCAUCGGCAAGAAGAUGCUCGUCUUCAUUGACGAUAUGAACAUGCCAAUCGUGGACACAUACGGAACCCAGCAGCCCAUUGCCCUUCUAAAACUGUUGUUUGAGCGAAAAGGCUUCUAUGAUCGCGGAAAGGACCUGAACUGGAAGAACCUGAAGGACAUCGGCUUCCUCGCCGCCAUGGGCAAAGCCGGAGGCGGGAGGAAUGACGUGGAUCCCCGCUUCAUAUCAAUGUUCUCCGUAUACAACCUCCAGUUCCCGUCGGAGACAACCCUGAGGCAUAUAUACGUGUCCAUCCUGAAAGGCCACUUCGAGACGUUCCCGGAGGAGAUCCAGGACAUCGUGGAUAAGAUUGUGCAGAUGACUCUGGACUUGUAUAAGAUAAUAAUCGUGGACUUGCCGCCGACGCCAGCGAAGUUCCACUACAUCUUCAACCUUCGUGACUUGUCCCGCAUCGCCGCCGGGAUGUGUCUCACUCACCCCAACUUCUUCAGUGAGAAGCGAGCAGUAGUCAGGUGCUGGAGGAAUGAGUUCACCAGAGUUAUUUGCGAUCGACUUAUCAACGUGCAGGAUAACGAAUUGAUGAGGACCUACAUGCAUGAACAUGUUGUCAAAUACUUCCCUGAAGAAGAGCCGGUUGUUCUUGAAGAAAUCGUGGUCCCCGAGGAGGAUGUGAACGUGGUUGAAGAAGAGGAUGAAUUUGGAGAACCUAUAAAGAAACCUGAGAAGACAGAAGUAAAAGAAGAAGAACUAGUUAUAGAAGAGGAGGAAGAAGUGGAAGUAGAAAAAGAAUUGACGCUGGAAGAGUACGUCCAACGGGACCCGCUGUUGUUUGGUGACUACAGAAAUGCACUGGAUGAGGAGGAAAUUCGUUAUUAUGAAGAUCUACUCGACUACGAAGCGGUUUACUUUCUUUUCCAAGAGAUUUUGGACGAGUUCAAUGAGCGUGUGGGCAAGAUGUCUGUAGUCCUGUUUGAGGACUGCCUGGAGCACCUGACGCGACUGCACAGGAUCCUGAGGAUGGACCGCGGCAAUGCCAUGAUCAUAGGCGUUGGUGGCUCCGGCAAGAAAUCGAUCUGUCGACUUGCUGCUUUCGCUGCUGGAUGCGAAAUGUUUGAAAUAACUGUGACUCGAAACUACAACGAGAACACGUUCAAAGACGACAUGAAGCGCAUGUACAACCAGCUGGGCGUGGACGGCAAGAAGACGGUAUUCCUGUUCACCGCAGCUCAGAUCCUAGAAGAGGGUUUCCUGGAGUUUAUCAACAACAUCCUGAUGAUCGGGAUGAUACCGGCGCUGUUCGGCGACGAUGAGAAGGACGGCAUCAUCAACGCGGUGCGCAACGAGUGCAACGAAGCUGGUUUCGGCGUCGCCAAAGACGCUGUAUGGAGUUUCUUCUGCAACAAAUGCGCGGACAACCUGCACGUGGUGCUCUCUAUGUCACCCAGCGGUGAUAUUCUGAGAAACAGAUGCCGAAGUUUCCCAGGGUUGGUGAACAACACUACGAUCGAUUGGCAGUUUCCGUGGCCGAAGCAGGCGCUGCUGGCUGUGGCCAACGUGUUCCUUGCUGAUAUCCAGAAGAUCCCAGACGAGUUCCGCCCGAUAAUAGUGGAGCACGUUGUGCACGUGCACAUGUCCGUGGCGCGGUACUCUGUGGAGUUCCUCUUGCGCCUGCGUAGGAACAACUACGUCACGCCGAAGCACUACAUGGACUACCUCACUAAUUACAUCUCGCUGCUCAACGAGAAGGAUGCCUUUAUUGUCGCUCAGUGCGAGCGUCUAAUAGGAGGCUUGGCUAAGAUAGAAGAAGCUAACGUGCAAUUAGAGGAUUUGAACGCAAAAUUGGCCGUGCAGAAGGUAAUCGUCGCCGAACAGACCAAGGAGUGCGAGAUAUUGCUCAGAGAAAUUUCGACUGCUACGGAAGCAGCAGUCAGCAAGCAGCAAGUCGCAGCCAUCAAAUCUGUUGAGAUUACCGAACAGAGCGUGGUGAUUUCCGAAGAAAAAGCCGAGGCCGAAGAAGCAUUGUCGGCCGCCAUGCCUGCCUUAGAAGCUGCUAGGCUCGCCUUGGCCGAUUUGGACAAGAAUGACAUUACUGAAAUUAGAUCCUUUGCAACUCCGCCUGAGGCCGUACAGGUCGUCUGUGAGUGUGUCGUCAUCAUUAGGGGUAUAAAAGAUGUCAGUUGGAAGGGAGCUAAGGGCAUGAUGGCGGAUCCGAAUUUCUUGAGAAACCUUCAGGAAAUGAACUGUGACCUCAUCACACAGAAUCAAGUGAAAGCCGUCAAGGCUCAUAUGAAGAAGAGCAAGAAACUGGAGACUAUGCAACAGAUUAGUAAAGCUGGAUAUGGUUUAUUGAAAUUCGUUAUUGCUGUCCUUGGUUACUGUGCCGUAUACAAAGAAGUGAAACCCAAGAAAGACAAAGUAGAAGCGUUGGAGAAAGAGUACACUGAAGCCGUCAACUAUUUAGCUUCUCUAAACAGAGAAAUAGAUCGGCUCCAGAGAACUUUAGAUGGGUUGAACGCAAAAUACGAUACUGCCAUGUUGAGGCGGCAGGAAUUGCAAGAAGAGACAGAUAUUAUGAUGCGAAGAUUAGUUGCAGCAGACAAGCUCAUGUCUGGAUUGUCUAGUGAACAGAAACGUUGGACAAUAGAUUUGGCCGCAUUAUACGUGGAGCAAUCGCGGCUCAUUGGGAAUUGUUUGCUGUCUGCGUCGUUUUUGAGUUACGCCGGACCAUUUUCCUUCUCUUUCCGCGAGACAAUGAUUUAUGAAGAUUGGCUGGGAGAUGUUAUGGAGCGAGGAAUACCACUCACAGAGCCGUUUACGCUUGAAAGAAACUUGACCAAUGAGGUUGAGAUAAGCGGAUGGAACUCCGAAGGUUUGCCUCCAGACGAGCUGUCAGUUCAAAACGGUAUUCUGACUACGCGAGCAUCUCGGUUUCCUCUCUGUAUAGAUCCUCAGACGCAAGCUCUUACCUGGAUUAAAAAGAAAGAGGCUAAGAACAAUCUCAAGGUGCUAUCGUUCAACGACCCCCAGUUUCUACGGCAGCUUGAGAUGGCCAUCAAGUAUGGCAUGCCGGUGCUGUUUCAGGACGUCAACGAGUACAUUGACCCCGUCGUCGAUAAUGUGCUGGAGAAGAAUAUUAAAGUUGAAAGCGGGCGCACAUUCGUGAUGCUGGGCAGCAAUGAGGUUGACUACGACCCCAAUUUCCGCAUGUACCUCACCACUAAGCUCGCCAACCCCCAAUUCAACCCCGCUGCGUACGCCAAGGCGGUCGUCAUCAAUUAUACCGUCACAGUGCAAGGCUUAGAAGACCAGCUCCUAAGCGUGGUAGUACGAGCUGAGCGUGCCGAUCUUGAAGAACAGCGAGAGAGUCUCAUCAUAGAAACCAGCGCCAACAAGAGUCUGCUGUCUGGGCUCGAAGACUCUUUGCUCAGAGAACUAGCGACCUCUACCGGAAACAUGCUGGACAACGUCGAGCUGGUCGUUACACUGGAGAACACCAAGUCGAAAGCUGGUGAAGUAAUGGAAAAACUGGCCCUCGCGGAAACGACGACAAAAGACAUAGAGAAACUGAGAGACGGCUAUCGUCCUGUGGCCAAGCGCGGUUCCAUUCUCUUCUUCGUGUUGUCAGACAUGGCCGGCGUCAACAGCAUGUACCAGUAUUCUCUGUCUUCGUAUCUGGAUGUGUUCUCAUUCGCUCUCCGCAAAGCGAUGCCCAACGUGAUCCUCGCUAAGCGACUGAGGAACAUAAUCGACAUGCUCACCAAAAACGUCUACGACUACGGCUGUACUGGUAUAUUCGAGCGGCACAAGCUUCUGUUCUCCUUCCAAAUGGACAUCAAGCUGCAGCAGAGCGACGGCCUCGUUAGCCAGAUGCAGCUGGACUUCUUCAUCAAAGGAAAUGUUGCUUUGGAGAAGGCAGCUCGCGCUUCACCAGGCGCCUGGAUUCCAUCACAGGGCUGGCAAGAUAUAAUGAAACUAAGUGUAGACUUCCCUGCGUUUGGUGAGCUACCCGACCACAUCACCAGAGGGCUUGACGCUUGGCAGGAGUGGUUCGACAGCGACACGCCGGAAUCGAACGAGAUCCCGAACAACUACCGCGAGAAGUUGGAACCGUUCGAGAUACUGAUGCUGCUGCGGUGCUUCCGAGUGGACAGGAUCUACCGCGCGCUCACCGACUACAUCACGGUCACUAUGGGCGAGGAGUACAUCACGCCUCCCGUCAUCAGUUUGGACAUGAUAGUGGAGCAGACGACUCCGUUCACGCCGGUGGUGUUCAUCCUGAGUCCAGGGUCGGACCCUACAGCCGACCUGAUGAAGCUGGCCGACCGGUGCGGCUUCGGCGGCGGCAAGUUCAAGUACCUCUCGCUGGGACAGGGCCAAGAAGGGGCGGCGCUAGCAUUGCUCGAAGGCGCGAUUUCUCACGGCCAAUGGCUGAUUCUCCAAAACUGCCACCUUCUCGUGUCCUUCCUCCGAGAACUGGAGAAACAACUAGAGUUGAUGGAAAAGCCGCAUCCAGAAUAUCGAUUGUGGCUGACUACUGAUCCUACACCGACAUUCCCCAUUGGCAUUCUACAAAGGUCGCUCAAAGUUGUAACGGAGCCACCCAACGGCCUGAAGUUGAAUCUUCGCAAUACAUAUUUCAAAAUGCGCGCACACGCAUUGGAAGAGUGCCCGCAUCCGUUGUUCAAGAAACUGGUCUACGUGCUUGCAUUUUUCCACGCUGUUGUUCAAGAACGUCGCAAAUACGACAAGAUCGGCUGGAACAUCUCGUACGACUUCAGCGAGUCCGACUUCGUCGUGUGCAUGCAGAUCCUGCAGUGCUACCUCGAGCGCUGCCAGGCGGCCAAGGGGCCUAUACCCUGGGCCACGCUCAAAUAUCUCUUUGGCGAAGUGAUGUACGGCGGGCGAGUGAUCGACGACUUCGACCGACGAGUGGUGCGCACAUACAUGGAGGAGUACAUGGGAGAGUUCCUCUUCGACAAGUUCCAGCCCUUCCACUUCUACAAGGACUCCGUCUUCGACUACGUCAUACCUCCGGACGGGGAAAGAGAAGAGUACAUUGAAUUCAUCGAUGUCCUACCGUUAGCGAAUACCCCUGAGGUAUUCGGGCUACACCCCAACGCGGAGAUAGGCUACUUCAGCCAGGCCGUGCGCGAGAUGUGGGGGCAUCUCAUCGAGCUCCAACCGCAAACCAGCGAGGGUGGCGGCGCGAUGAGUCGUGAAGACUUCAUAGACACGAUCGCUGUGGACGUUCUGAGCAAGCUGCCCGCGCUUUACGAGAUUUGGCGCGUGCGCAAGCAGUUCGAGAUGAACAUCACGCCCACGCUGGUCGUACUAUUGCAGGAGCUUGAGAGAUUCAACCGCCUAAUCAGUCGUAUGCGCACGACCCUAUCUCUCCUGCGCAAAGCGUUAGCCGGUGAAAUCGGCAUGGACGCCGUACUCGACAACGUCUCCUACAGUCUGUUCAAUGGACAACUGCCAAACGUGUGGCGUGCUCUCGCGCCAGCCACUUGUAAGGGCCUGGGCGGGUGGAUGGAUCACUUCAUCAGCAGGACUAAGCAGUACUCUGAUUGGGCAACAAUAGAAGAACCAGUGGUAAUCUGGCUGUCAGGGCUUCACAUCCCAGAGUCAUAUCUGAUCGCGCAUAUCCAGAUUGCGUGCCGACUGUACACGUGGCCCUUGGAUCGCUCCACGCAGUUCACCAAGGUCACCAAAUGGAUCAACGCUGAUGACAUCGAGGAGAGACCAGUCACGGGCUGCUACGUGCGGGGUUUGUACCUGGAGGGCGCUCGCUGGGACGUGGAAGAUGGGUGUCUCCGACGGUCACACCCCAAGGUCCUAGUCACUGAACUGCCAGUGAUGUACAUCAUCCCUAUUGAAGCUCACAAGUUGAAACUGCAGAACACGCUUCGCACGCCCGUGUACACGACGUCCACGCGCCGCAACGCCAUGGGCGUGGGCCUGGUCUUCGAGUCCGACCUCUGGACCGCCGAGCACUGCAGCCACUGGAUCCUGCAGGGCGUCUGCCUUAUCAUGAACACUGAUUAAUGUUUGAUGAUGGUGUUUCUAGUCAACGAAACUCUGAUUCGUGUGGUUAUAAUGUAGACUGAACGGGAAAGUCCUUCCGGACCAUAGUAGACCCACCAGGAAAGAAGUAUACUUUUUAUAAAAUUUUAUAUAAGACUUUUUAUAUAAUUAUGUAUGAUGAGAAAAGUAAAUUGAUCAUACUGGAGGGACAGUAUCAAGUUUAUAAAGCAAAUCAAACUAUUUAUGAACCUGUUGAAAUCAAAUUGUUAUCUACAAGACUUUGACAGCCAUAGACUUAAUUAUGCAGUAUGAUAACAUCGCAAGAACUUUGUACUCUACCUAGUGUGCGUAGUGCGAGUUUGCUAUUAAUAUCUCUUAUAAGAAUCGAGAGUUUCAGAAAGUAGAAUUAUGUUUAGUUAAUUUUUUAUCUAGUCAGAUUAUCUUAUACACCUAUAUUUAAUGUAUUGUUUGA